AUGCGCAGAUCUGAGGUACUAAUGGCGUCGUAAGGGUGUGGAUGUUAUAUGUUGUUAAAGUUUAGACUCUUUUUUAGUGAAAUGCCAGUGGUUUUGUUAAAUUCAACACAUUUAAUUAGAAUAGAAUAACAAUUUGUGUAUUUCAAAUUCAGCACUUUACAAGUCUCUAUCUGCUUAUUAGAAUUUUUCAGUUCGCGAAGUUAGUGUGGUGCAAUUAUCCGUCAACCAGACGUUGACGUCAUUGCUCUUUAAAAGUUGGUUGAAACACUUCUGAAUUUCCCUUGGCUUCAUAUGUUUUUCUACUGUAUGUUUGAAUUCAUAUAUCUUUCGUGAAUUCUACGUACUUUUCAGACACAGUAUGGCUCUUACUUUUGGAUUAGCCCUAAUUCUUCUUGCAGUAGCUGGCCUGUAUCAGAUUGUAUCUGGUAGUCAUUGUGUAAUGUAUGGAAUUUGUGGUGAAAAUGAUUUUGGAGAAGCUACUUGUGCAUAUAAUGGAACAGCUAAGCUUUUAGAUAAUGAAGAAGCACUAGAAAUCCUACAAGAGAUUUGCCCUGACGUCUUACGAGAAAGUAACGUACUAUGCUGUGAUGCUGAACAAGUUAUUCAUCUAAAGAAAAAUCUCGAGAUUGCUGCAACUUUAGGUCUUGGAAGAUGUCCAUCUUGUAUUACAAAUUUCAAAAAGAAUUUUUGCCAGUUUGCUUGUUCCCCCAAACAGAGUGAUUUUUUGAAGGUUACGGCUAUUGGGAAGAGUGAUGAGGAAGAUAUCAUAAUUGAAAAACUGACAUAUUACAUGUCGCGAAGGUAUGCAGAGGAAGCUUUUGCUUCUUGUAAAGAUAUCCAAGGCUUGACUCCUGGUUCAACUGUGUUGGAUAUGAUGUGUGGUACUUGGGGAAGAGACUGCACUCCUGAACGCUGGUUAAAUUUUAUGGGAUCUACUCCAGCUGAUGAUGGUUUUUCUCCAUUUGAGAUAGACUAUCAAUUGUCAACAGAAACUCAUUUAGUGAUUGAUGGAGAGCACUUUUACCCAAUGAAUGAAAAUACUACUUCCUGUUCUGAAAGCCCAUUUCCAGGCGCAGAAGCUUGUACAUGUUUGGAUUGUGAAUCAGCAUGCAAAUUAAAUAUAGCGUCACCUCCACCUCUGCCUGAAGAAGAAGAAUUGUGGACUAUAAUGAACCAUGAUGGAAUAUCAGUCUUAUGUGUUAUAAUUUUCUGCUUUGUUACUGCAUUAUUAUUAUUAGGGUUUAUUUGCUUCAAAAUGCAGUCAAGGAAAUCUUUGCGUUCAGGUGAUACUGAAGUUAAGAUGGAGAGAAAAGGAUCAUCUCAUCGACCUUUGAUACUUUUGAAAUGUUCACCCUCUGCCUCAGGGGUGGACUUGGGCUCACUAGAGGAAGUGGAGCCCCUGCGUUCAAAACGGUCAAUUAUUCCUGGCCAGCCUCUUGAAAAGUCUGCAAAUUUGACCACUGCUGAUUCAAAAAAAGUUGAAGAUACAGCACACCAGUUACCAGACACAGAAAUUAUAUCUGACAUAUCUUUUCUUCAGAAAUUGGGUGCGACAAUUGAAAGACAUUUAGAAGAUAAUUUUUGCCGCUGGGGAACAUUCGUAGCUGAGCACCCUGUGCCAAUUAUGGCUUUAUCUCUGAUUAUGAGCUUUGCACUGGCAUCUGGUUUACUGUUCCGCUUUUCCGUAACAACUGAUCCAGUGGAUUUAUGGGUAUCAAAAAGCAGCCAAGCUCGUCAAGAUAUGGAAUACUUCAACAGGCAUUUUGAGCCCUUUUACCGAGUGGAGCAAAUGAUAGUUACUCCUAAAAAUAGAAGCUCAUUUGUCCAUAGUAUCAAAGAAAAAAAUGGCAUGAAUACAUAUACUUGGGGUCCUGUUUUUCGAAGAGAUUUCUUAUUAGAGGUGUUGGACUUGCAAAUGGCUUCAGAAAGGUUAGUGGCAAAAAAUGGAAACAAAACAGUCACUUUAUCAGAUAUUUGUGUGUCUCCUCUUGCACCAAUCAAUAAUAAUUGUGCUAUCCAAAGCAUAUUUGGAUACUACCAGAAUCAAAAGCGUCUUUUGGAAGAUCCAAAAUUUGACUAUCUUGCCCACUUCAAAGAAUGUGCUGGCUCCAUGGCUGAAAUGAAAUGUUUUGCACCUUAUGGCGGUCCUCUACAGUCAACUGAAGUGGCUUUGGGAGGCUUCAAAAACUCAGAUUAUCAUACUGCGACUGCAUUGAUAAUAACAAUACCUGUUGUUAAUCACUAUGAUCAAGAGCUGAAUAGAGAUGCUUUAGAAUGGGAAAAAGUAUUUAUAGAAUUCCUGAAGAAUUACAGUUCAGAAAAUAUAACGGUGGCGUUUAAAGCAGAGCGUUCAGUGGAAGAUGAAUUGGAACGUGGAAGUCAUUCAGAUAUUGUCACUGUAGCUAUAAGUUAUUUGAUCAUGUUUGUGUAUAUUGCUGUUGCCUUGGGAGAAGUGAAUACAUGUAAAAGCAUGCUAGUUGAUUCAAAGAUUUCACUUGGUUUUGCGGGUGUAUUCAUUGUUAUAGUUUCUGUACUUUCAUCUCUCGGAAUCUUUUGCUUUGCUGGUGUUCCAGCUACUUUGAUUAUUAUUGAAGUGAUACCUUUCCUAGUUCUUGCUGUAGGAGUGGAUAAUAUCUUCAUUCUUGUUCAAGCCUUUCAGCGUGAUGAAAGGCUGCCAGAAGAAAGUGUGAGUAAACAGAUUGGCAGGGUUGUUGGACAAGUUGCCCCAAGCAUGAUGUUGUCAAGCCUUUCCAUGUCUAGCUGUUUUUUCAUUGGUGCUCUAACUGAUAUGCCGGCUGUCAAGCUCUUUGCUUUGUAUGCGGGUGUUGCUUUGUUGAUAAAUUUCUUUUUACAAAUGACCUGCUUCUUGUGCCUCUUCACGCUAGAUAUAAAGAGACAAGAGGAUCAUAGGUUAGAUUUGUUCUGCUGCAUAAGAACUUCUAAGCAAGACAAGAUGAAUAGUAAAGGAGUUCUGUACAAAUUUUUCAAGAAUGUUUAUGCUCCUAUUUUAUUAAACAACUUUUCAAGAGUUCUUGUGCUUAUUGCAUUUUUGGGAUGGUUGUGCUCCUCUGUUGCAGUGCUAAACAAAAUAGAUAUUGGAUUAGAUCAAGAAUUAGCAAUGCCUGAGGAUUCAUAUAUGCUGAAUUACUUCCAAUAUUUAAGCAAGUACCUGUCUGUAGGCCCACCUGUCUAUUUUGUUGUUACUGAUGGCUUUAAUUAUUCAGAUGAACAUGCUCAGAACAGUAUAUGUGCUAGUCAUGGUUGUGAUGAAGAUUCUAUGAUGGUACAGCUUAAGUGGAUGGCAGAUCGGAGUAAUAGAACGUAUAUUGCACUACGACCUGUCAGUUGGCUUGACACAUAUUUUGAAUACAUGCAUAGCCCCAGCUGUUGUUUUCAUUAUAAUCAAACACAUUGUCCAGCUGGCUCAAGACAUAAUCAAUGUGAAUCCUGUAGUAUACCUCGAGGACAGCGUCCUGUUGGUGAUGUCUUCAAUAAAAAUUUAAGAAAUUUCUUGCAAGAAGUUCCUAGUCAGAUAUGUUCUAAAGGAGGACGUGCACAGUUUGCUAGUGCUGUAGAGCUUAAAAAUUCUGAUAAAGGAGUUUCAGUUGGAGCUACAAACUUCAUGACUUACCAUACUAUUUUGAAAACAUCCAAAGACUUCUAUGAGGCAUUAAGAUGGUCAAGAAAAAUAUCAAGUUGGCUGACAGAAAAAAUUCAGAAGAAUUCUUCAAGUAAUGUUAGGGUAUUUCCCUACAGCAUAGUUCAUCCAUUUUUUGAACAGUACCUCACUAUGUGGCCAGAUACUUUACGUAGCAUAUCAUAUUCCAUUUUGGCGAUCUUCAUAGUGACUUUCUUAUUCCUUGGUUUAGAUAUUUAUUCCGCUUUUAUUGUUGUAAUUACCAUUGUGAUGAUAAUAGUUAACCUCAUGGGGCUGAUGUAUUGGUGGAAUAUCUCUUUGAAUGCUGUAUCUCUUGUGAAUUUGGUUGUGGGUGUUGGUAUUUCUGUGGAAUUUUGUUCCCAUUUAACUCAUUCAUUUGCAAUUUGCCCUGAACCUACUAGAGUUAAACGAGCACAGUCUGCUUUACAACGAAUGGGAAGUUCAAUUUUAUCAGGCAUUACUCUCACAGAUUGUGGGAUCCUUGUAUUAGCUUUCGCAAAGUCUCAAAUCUUUCAAAUAUUUUACUUCCGGAUGUAUGUUGGCAUCAUUGCCUUUGGAACUCUUCACAGUUUAAUAUUCUUGCCAGUUCUCUUAAGCUUAAUAGGGCCUCCUGUAAAUAAGCAAAAAAUGUAUGAUCAUAUCCAUUUACAAGAUAUCACCUCUCAGUCCAGAAUCUCUCCAGCUAAUGAUGCUUCUAUGUGAACUGAUUUGACUGUGAUUGCAAGACUGCUGUAUAAAUGAAGGGGAAAAUGUUCUAGUUCAUUGAAGUCAUUUUUGUAACAUAGUUAUGUGAAUUCAUUUGUGACUGUUCCAUCAUUAAAUAUAUUGACAUUCCUCUGUGCAUAUUAUUCCAUUUGAUAUUAAUGUGCUGAUGUUUUAUUAAAAUUGACUGUUGGAAAGAAUUAGGUAACUGAGUAGAUAAGUAUUAACUGCAUAGCUGUUUGGUGAUGUGAUAUGCAUAUCAUAUCAUGCCUUCCAUGUUUAUGUACUUAUUUAUCUUUUUAAGAAUGUUAUUUUUCUAUUUUAAAUUUAAAAGAUUUUUAUGCUGCAUUUUAACCUUGUUCCUACUUAGACCAAAAAGAUGUUGUUUUUAUGCAAUCAGCAUAAAUAAUUUUAUAUUCUAAAAAAUGUGAAAAGUAUCUGCCUUCUAUAUUUAUUAUUUGAAUUUUUUUAUAUAGUUUCAAAAUUUUGUUUGUAAUUUGUGUAUGUGUUAACAGAUGCAUUGUAAGAUCUUUUCAUGAAUCUGGAAAACUAAUAACAGUGCCUGUUUUUACCCACUUCAUUUGGUAACUAGCAACUUUGUGAAAUAAAUUUGUAUUUACAAUGAAUGGUAAUAAAAUGAAUUUAAAGCCUUAUAUUACUUAUAUUUCAUGAUGUUCCAAUUAGAUUAUAACUAUUUAAAUUUUAUUAAUUGUAUGCUAUAUGAAUAUGCUUGACAAAUAUUUGUGAUAAGUUUUCUAAGAAUUAAGUGUUCAAAUGAAAUUUUAAGGAAAAGUUUUGAUCUCUGUAAUGUGAUAGCAUUUUAGUUUCUUUUGUAUUGUCAUUGAAUAAUGUCAAUUUCGAAUAUCUGAGAAUGAAUUGCUUGUGCGCCAUAUAUUAUGCAUCUGAUUUAUAUUUUUGUGAAAACAUUUGAAUAUUAUGUACCAAAUGUUUGAGUCAUGGUCAUAUUAGAAUGUUUAAGAAUAAUUGUAUCUGCACCUCCUGUAAUUGUGCAUCUAAUUCAUAUUUUUGUGCAUUUGUUGUAUAGAAAUUGUAUUUUCCAAUUCAGUUUUUUAAACAGCUAUUUAAUUUUUUUCUUGUAUAUAAUUUGUUUUUUAGUUUACCCUAUCAUCCAUCCAUUCAUUCAGGAAACUAAAUGUAAGCUCUGUAUAGAAUUUCAGUUGUACAUAUUUCUGUUCAACAUGAGAAAUGUAUUGUCAGAACAGAUGUCAUUGUAAUGCACUUCCAUAAUAUGGUGAUUGUAGCAGUUUCUCCUAUUUAUUUUCAUGUAGUGUAAAGCUUCAUGUACCUCACACUGAAUAAAUUCUUUUGAAGUAGUUAA